AUGCAUAAAAUUAUUAUUCACAAAGGUAGAACAUACAAAACAAGAAGCAAUGUCAGGAAAGUUGUUAAAACACCAUCUGGAAAAUUAGUAGCUAGAAAACAAAAGAAACAUGCUAAAUUUCACAGAUGCCACGAGUGUAAUACUAAAUUAUUAUCGAUUGCUAGAAUGAGACCAGCUGAAUUUUCAAGACAGAAAGUUUCUGCUAGAAGAGUUAAUAGACCAUUGGGAUCUACAACAUGUGGACGAUGUGUUAGAGAAAAAAUAGUAGAAGCAUUUUUGAACGAUGAAGAAAAAAUAGUAAGAGAAAAAGCGGCUGCUAAUUAA